AUGCCCGGUGAAUUUCAACUGAGUCAGUACAGGGCUGGUGGUGGCCAUCCCACCGGUCAGCGCAAUGGCAUCGAAGAGACCCUCGAAGAAUCUUUCCUUAGCUACUACACUGGCUUAUUCAACAAAUACGCCGGCGCUGAUGGAAAAUGGAACCGUGACCAGAUCGGCCUCUUCAUGCAUCACGUCCAGGCUGAAAACCCUGACGGCCUCGCCGCUUACCUAGCAGACCAAGACUCACUCAAUGUGCAUGAGCUGAUCAAGUAUCUCACAUCACCCUGUGGCAACGUACUUGAAAUGGCAGCUCCUCAAGACCUGUCAUGGCCUUUGAGCAAUUACUUCAUCAGUUCAAGUCACAACACCUACCUUACCGGCAACCAACUUUCCAGCGAUUCAAGCACAGAAGCAUACAAGGAUGCUCUUUUACGAGGAUGUCGAUGCGUUGAGAUUGACGUCUGGGAUGGAGAAGAAAAGUUCAAGCCAGGAGUGGAUGAUGACGAGCACGAAGGAGGAGCCAAGGAGUUCAAUGGCGAGACCAAAAAGCUAGGCUUCAGAGACCGUGCAAUCAUAAAGAUUGGUCGAUGGGCGAUGAAUAAGUUCGAUCCAGUCGAUCCCGAUGGCAGAACUGUUGACGAUAGGCUUGCCGACAUAAUGCAGGCUGAACCGCGAGUCUUGCACGGGUUUACCAUGACCAAGGAAGUUUCUUUCCGCGAUGUCUGCAAGACUGUCGGGGAAUACGCAUUCACCACCUCUGAGCUCCCACUCAUCGUCAGUUUGGAGGUGCACUGUACCCCGUUGCAGCAAUACGCAAUGGUCGAUAUCAUGCAGGAAGCCUGGGCAGACUAUCUUCUACCAGAGGUGGAAGAGGAUCCUACACACUUGCCUUCUCCAGAUGAACUGCGAAAAAAGAUUCUCAUCAAGGUCAAAUAUGUCCCGAACGACAAGUCGAAGAGCGACACCUCAGAUGAUGAUGAAAGUAUGCUUGAGGUCGUCACAGAAGGAGAUGAGAAGAAAGUCAAGAAGGUCAAGGCACCCAAGAUAACACAACGUCUGAGUCGCUUGGGCAUCCAUACACGUGGAAUAAGUUUCAAGUCACUGAAUGAGCCUGAAGCUACAAUGCCUAACCACAUCUUCUCGCUCUCAGAGGAUAUGGCGUUCUCUAUCCAGCGAAAGCUACCCAAAGCCCUCUUCUCUCACAACCGACAAUUCCUCAUGCGCACCUAUCCCCACGGUCUACGCUUUGACUCCUCCAACUACGAUCCUGUCAUGUUUUGGCGUGCAGGUGUACAGGUUGUUGCUCUCAAUUGGCAAUCCUGGGACUUGGGAAUGAUACUUAACGAGGGCAUGUUCAUGGGCUCGGACGGCUAUGUCCUCAAGCCUGAGGGUUACCGCCAUGACACCAACCGAAGCUCGGCGAGUCAUGACGACAACAUUUCCAUUCCAACCAAAACAUUGGAAAAACUGGCUAUUACUGUCGUAGCAGCUCAGAACAUCCCUCUGCUGAACAGAACUGACGACCCAGCCAAGUUCAUUCCAUAUGUCAAGAUUGGGUUCCAUACAGAGCCAGAUGCUUUCAAGGCUAUGACUUCUGAGGAUCAGGCUCCGGAACAAGCCAAACAAGCAGGCUACAGCGGGGAAACUUCCAAGAGCAAGGGUACAAGCCCAAGCUUUGGUGAGGAUACCAUCGAGUUUCUUAAUAUUGAGGGUGUUGUUCCUGAGCUGGCCUUCCUUUCAGUCAGGGUGAUGAAUGAUGUUCCUGGCCCAGACGUGAUGGCUGCUUGGGCAUGUGUGCGACUGGAUCGGUUGAGACUUGGAUAUCGCUUCCUUCGGUUGCUGGACAAGGAUGGUAUGCCGAGCAAGGGAAUACUUCUGGUGAAGGUUGCGAUGAGGGAGGUUAAGUAG